GAUGCUAACGCGGCUCUCCCUCAUUGCGCAUGAUACUGCGGCUCCGGUGCAACUCCACGCUCCAACUCACCUUGAAACAGGGCUCGCCUGGCCCUGCCUGCGGAGCGACGGGCGACGAGGCCAAUCCACGCCCAUAUUCCUCCCACUACAGCCAAUAGAAACGCAGCGGAGGCGGGCGCAGAAGCUAAAAAUGUCACGCUUGGUUUCACGUUGCCCCUCGGCAGCUCGCUCCGUCUGCUUUCGUCUCACUGGUGCAGGUGCUCCGUCUCAACGAGAGAGGAUGCAAAAGGCGUGAAGGGGAGGGAAGGAAUGAGGGGAAGCGUUGAAGAAAAAGUGUGCAGGGCAUGAAUAAAAGGGUAUCAGCAGCAGACUGAGCGUUCACCGUCCGGGGGGCUCGGCUAUGAAAGAUUUAUUGAAAGGGGCACUUUGAGAUAUGAUGAGGUUUCCUUCUGGUUGGCAAUAGUACUAUGAUUUGGUAUGUGGCCACUUUGAUAGCAAGUGUAUUCAGCACCCGAGGAACGGCUGCUCAAGGUGCCCACGGAGUGCGAGAGGAGCCCCAGUUUGUGACAGCGCGCGCUGGAGAGAGCGUCAUCCUGAACUGUGACGUGGCCCAUCCCCUGAACGGCCAGCCCUAUGUGGUAGAGUGGUUCAAGUUUGGAGUUCCCAUCCCAUUCUUCAUCAACUUUCGCUUCUACCCCCCACAUGUGGAUCCUGAGUAUGCCGGUCGGGCCAGCCUGCAUGGCAAGUCCUCAUUGCGGAUUGAGCAGGUGCGCUCGGAUGACCAGGGCUGGUACGAGUGCAAGGUCCUGAUGCUGGAGCAGCAGUACGACACCUUCCACAACGGCAGCUGGGUGCACCUCACAGUGAACGCUCCGCCCACUUUCACGGACACGCCCCCGCAAUAUGUGGAGGCCAAGGAAGACGGCAGCAUCACCCUAACCUGCACUGCCUUCGGGAACCCCAAGCCUGUGGUCAGCUGGCUAAGAGAGGGCGAGCUCCUCACUGAGAGUCAGAAAUACAAGGUGAGCGAUGGGAGCCUGACGGUGCUGUCGGUCAACCGGGAGGACCGAGGAGCCUACACGUGCCGGGCCUACAGCGUGCAGGGAGAGGCCGUCCACACCACACGUCUGCUUGUCCAAGGGCCACCAUUUAUCGUAUCGCCACCAGAAAACAUAACAGUCAACAUAUCCCAGGAUGCAUUCUUCACCUGCCAAGCAGAAGCGUAUCCAGGCAACCUGACCUACACCUGGUUUUGGGAGAAAGAUAACGUCUUCUUCAAGAAUGAUCUGAAGCGCAGGGUUAGGAUUCUGAUUGACGGCUCCCUCAUCAUCUCCCAAGUGAAACCGGAGGAUGCUGGGAAAUACACCUGCAGUCCCAGCAACAGCCUUGGCCGGCCACCCUCUGCAUCUGCGCACCUGACGGUGCAGUACCCUGCCCGAGUCGUGAACAUGCCAUCGGUCAUCUACGUUGCGAUUGGACUGCCAGGAUACAUCCGCUGCCCGGUGGACGCCAACCCACCCGUGACGUCGGUCAAGUGGAAGAAAGAUGGGCUUCCUCUGAGGGUGGAGAAGUACCCCGGCUGGAGCCAAAUGGACGAUGGGAGCAUUCGCGUGGCGGAGGUGACAGAGGAUUCUCUCGGCACCUACACCUGUGUGCCUUACAACGUCCUGGGUACCAUGGGACAGUCCCCCCCAGCCCCCCUGGUGCUAAAGGACCCCCCCAAAUUCUCGGUGGUCCCUGGAGGGGAAUAUAGGCAGGAGGCUGGGAGAGAGCUGGUCAUCCCAUGUGAGGCUGAGGGAGACCCCUUUCCAAAUAUCACAUGGAGGAAGGUAGGGAAGCCCAGCCGAAGCAAGCACAACGUCCUACCAAGAGGCAGCUUACAGUUCAAAUCCCUCAGCAAGGAGGACCACGGGGAGUGGGAGUGUGUCGCCACCAACGUUGCCACGAGCAUCACUGCCAGCACGCACCUCCUAGUGAUCGGCACAAGUCCUCAUGCCCCAGCCAACGUCCAUGUCUCAGCCUCGACGACCUCAGCCAACGUCUCCUGGGAACCCGGAUAUGACGGCGGAUACGAGCAGACAUUCUCAGUCUGGUACGGCCAUGUGGUGAAGAGAGCACAGCUAGGGCCACACGAUUGGCUCUCGGUGCCUGUGCCCGUCGCUCAGACCUGGCUGCUGGUGCAGGGCCUGGAACCCGAGACGGCGUACCAGUUCAGCGUCCUGGCGCAGAACAAACUGGGGACAGGCCCGUUCAGCGAGGUCGUCACUGUGAACACGUUAGUAUUUCCUAUAAGUACCCCUGAACCACUGGUGCUGCUAACCCCACCAAGGUGCCUCACAGCCAAUCGGACACAACAGGGAGUCCUAUUGACAUGGAUCCCUCCAGCCAAUCAUACGUCGCCAAUCGAUCGGUAUGUCAUGGAGUUCCGCCUGGGAGAGAGGUGGGACAUCCUGGACAGUGAGAUCCCACCUGGAGAAACAGAGCUGCUGGCGAGAGACCUUGUCCAGGAUUCAUGGUACGAGUUCAGGGUGACGGCUGUUAUGGAAGACCUCAUCAGCGAGCCCAGUAACGUUGUGGGAGUUUCGAGUACUGACUUCUUCCCUCCCCCAGAGAUGGCAGACGAGGGCCUGGCUCGGCCCGUGGUGGCUGGCAUCGUGGCCACCAUCUGCUUCCUGGCGGCAGCCAUCUUGUUCAGCACGCUGGCGGCCUGUUUCGUCAACAAGCAGCGGCGGCGCAAGCUGAAGAGACGGCGAGAUCCCCCACUUUCGAUAACACACUGCAGAAAAAGCGUCGAGACACCGACUCCUCUUACCCCUUUGCCUGGCAUUGAGCCCUACUGGGAGGGGCCAGACGGCAGCAGCUACAGGCCCCCGCCCACCAGUCCUCAGUCCUCCUCUGGGAAGCUAAGUCCCGAGAGUAUUCGAUCCUUGGGACCCCUCUCCGAAUCCUCAGAGGAAAGCCGUGGCCUGCAUGUCAAGAAAGCGCUGCCAAGUCCCGCCAAGGAGAAGGAACUGUCCCUCUACAAGAAGACCAAGAGAGCAAUAACCAGCAAGAAGUACAGCGUCUCCAAGCAUGAGGCAGAGGCCACCACCCCCAUCGAGCUGAUCAGUCGUGGCCCAGAUGGUCGCUUCGUAAUGGAACCCUCUGAAAUGGAGACCUCCGUCAAGCCCAGGCGCAUCGAGGGUUUCCCCUUUGUGGAGGAGUCUGACUUGUACCCAGAAUUUCGGCAGUCAGACGAGGAAAAUGAUGACCCUGGGCCCAUGCCCCCAGUCAUGGCUACACUCAGACCCCACCAGAUCUCCCCCAUGUCCUCCAGCCAGGAGUCAUACAUGCAGCCCCCAGCCUACAGUCCCCGGUUCCAGAGGCCCAUGGAAGGUAUGACUAUCAUGGAGAGCAGCCGGCUUCAGGCCACAGGGCAGAUCAGAGCUGCCCAGCAUCACCGAAUCUUUCCGCAUGGCCCAUACUAUGGCUACCUUGGAAGCCCUGGCGAGUCUGAGUCCCUGCCUCCCUUCUACAUGCCCGACACCAGCCCGCUUAGCUCAGUCAUGUCCUCGCCCCCUUACCUACCCGAGGGCCCCUUUGGCCAUCCCACCAUACCAGAGGAGAUGGGGGAGGGGGAGAUCCAACAUUACGCCGCCUCAGGCAGCACCCUCCCGUUGACCCAUACCCCCUCCACUCGCUCCCCGGAGAUCUGGCAGCAGCCGGAUUUCCCUUUUGCGAGCCUGGAGGACCCACGCUUCAUCUUUCCACCCCACCACCCCUUGCAUCUUCACCGGGAGCUUCCCCUGCCUCCUCCUCCUCAUGUUCUUCCUCCCAGUAGUCUGCAGCCCUCUGCCCUUCAGGUUCCCCCGUACCCCGGUGUCCUGCAGCUGGAGACUCCAAAGAGCCGCCCAGGCAAGUCUCCCAGCAAGGUCAAGCCUCAGGGCCCUCCAGCCAAGCAUUUACCUAUGCAAGAGGCACAGAGUCUAGGGCAGCUACAGCUAAGACAUACAAGCCACGGUUUGGGUGUACCAGUAUUGCCUUACCCUGACCCGGCAGCCCACAUGGGCGGCCCAAGCACAUUCGGAGGCCUGGACACCCGGUGGUAUGAGCCUGGGCCUCAGCUCAGCCCCAGGCUGACUCGCAGAAUGGAGCCCAGCACACAUCAGGUGGUCCUCCAGCCAUCCCGACUCUCCCCUCUGACUCAGAGUCCUCUGAGCUCACAGGACGGUUCCCCAGAGAUUGUAGUGCGCCCCCGGCCCCGUCCGAGUAUCAUCCAGCCCCCCAUACCUCCCGAGAUGUCGGAGAUCACCCUGCAGCCCCCCUCCGCAGCCAGCUUCUCCCAGAGGUCCUCUCCCUCCUCCUCACCCGCCCAGGGCCAGAGUAGCAGGCGGGCAAGCCCGAGCUACCGCUCCCACAUGGCCUUCGCCUCCACUGCAACAAGCUAUCCGUCCCAGUCCCCAUCACCCCCCAUGGAAAGCAGCGACGUUUUUGGGCAGAUGCCAUCCCAGAGGAGGACAGACGAGGAGAUCCUUCCAUCUGAGCCCUCUCCACCUCAGUUGUCAGCUUCAGGAAAACGUCAAGGUGCAUCGAGUGCCCCUGCAGGGUCUGAGAGGUUGGAAGCACUUAGAUUCUACCGUGCUAAAAAAGGGAAGAAGGUGACCAUCAACAACAACAACUCCAAGUUCAGAAAGAAGGCAGGCCCCAAUCAGAUUGUAUAUUUGCACCAGGUGAUUCUGACUUCCCAGCAGCACCCCACUGUGGUGUGAGAAGGUGUGUCCACUUCCCAGACCCAGCAGCUCCGUGACUCUCAGGUACUCCAGCCCGAAGAAGCUCUCUACCUCCGCAAGAAGAAGAAAAGGCAGGACCCGUACGCUCGCUUCUCCGCUCUGCUGUACCGCCGACCGCCC